UAUAAAAAGCUGUAAUACUCUGUAGGUAUCCUUGUAUUUCUCUGUUGGUAAAAGAAAAAUUUGAAAUAUACAUGUGUAUACUUCAUUACAGGCAUAUACACCAGCGGAGAAGACAACACAACAACACUCAUGUGUGGACUGGUGUGAUGGCCCUGCCCAACACACCCAAGAAGAUGGAAGGCGGCGACUCACCCAGGAGGCACGGACACAGUUCCAAGGAGGGGAACGGUUUGGCCAAGAGCGGCACCUCUCCGUCGGGUACCAGUGAGAGCGACGACGGCGGCUGGUGGGGCCGUGUGCAGCACAAGCACCGCCCCAUCGUCAGCCCGCCGCUGGUCUAUAACGACCCGAGCCGCCGCGCCGACCAGCACACCGACCAGCGCCCCUCUGCAGACACUAAGGACACGCCCGGCUCAUCAACACGCCGGAAACGCAAACUCCCUUCUCACAGACGGCGCGUGACGUUCGGAACGACGCGGAAACGGGCCGCUGUUGAGGAUGGGUCGCCGUCUGACUCCGCUGGAGCCUGCUCGGCCGCCAACAGCAACGGCGAGAGAAAGGCCGAGGAGGAAGAGCAGCAGCCGCAGGGCGACUGGGGCUCGCGCGUGCCACUGGAGGUGCUGCAGGUGAUCUUUGCCGAGGCGACGCGCACAGUGGGUGCCGUGCCCACCCUGGUGCGGCUGUCGUUUGUGUGUCGACUGUGGCGCGACGCGGCGUUCUCGCCGCACCUGUGGCGCAGUGUCGACCUCGGGGAUCACACCAAAGAGAGCCGGCGCACCGAGAAGAAGCUCAUGUGGCUGCUGGAGAACAGACUCACGCACGCACGAGACCUCAGUCUGGCCGGCUGGCACCGUGUCAUGAAGCCUGCCUGCCUGUCGGCCGUGUGCGCCGGCUGCCCGGAGCUGCGCAGUCUGAGCGUGGCUCGCUGUCGGCACGUGACUGCCAGUCUGCUGCUGCUGGUGGCGCGACAGGCGCCGCGGCUGCGCGCGCUAGACCUCUCGGCUGUCGAACCGCGCGGCACUGUCAGCGCUCCCACACUGCGCCAACUGGCCGAUGUGAUGGGCUCCCGACUAACGGAGCUGACGCUGGCGCACAAUCUGCUUACCGGCCUGCCGCAGAUGGUCGCGGUGCUGGCGGAGAGCUGCCCUCGACUGGAGGUGUUGGACCUCUCCAAUAUGGUGGUCAGCAGCAGUGCCGCCGCCUCGCUGCCCGUCGAGAAGCUGAUGUUGGGCUGCCGGCGCCUGCGUGUGCUCUGCUGGACCAACACGGCGAUACGACUGGGGCCCGAGCCAGAGGAUGAGGAGCCGGCGCCCGGUUUCCCCGCUCUGGAGGAGCUCAGCGUGGCGGUGCUGAAGGACACGGGCAGCGGCGGGGUGGAUAACGCCGACCUCUGGCGACUGCUCUGCAGCUCCGCCCGGCUCCGACUGCUGGACGUGCGCGGCUGCACGGCGGUGACGGCCGACGGCCUGCUCCGGCUGCCGGCCGACAACCUGCAGCACCUGUUUCUGUCGCGCUCGGGCGCCACGGCCGGCUCCCAGACGUUGUACGCGCUGCUGGAGCGCUGGCGGCACAGUCUGCUGGAGCUGGACCUGGCCGGUGGCGGACACCAGCCGACUGUGGACGCGGCACUGCGCGAGCUGGCCGCGCCCUGCUCGGAGCGCUGGCCGCCGCCGCCGCUGCGCCGACUCGACCUGUGCGGCGCGGCCGGCUCCUUACCUGCCGUCCAGCUGGUGGUGGCCGCCUGUCCGCAGCUGCGCGAGCUCAACUUGACCUCGUGUCGCGCCCUGCCGCGCGGCCUGAAGCGGCUCUACCGCGGCGAUGAGGUGGCCACCCUGCGGGAUGGCGAGCCCAGACGCCGCGGCGGCCCCUACCGGUAGGAGCGCCGGGCGCGGAGAGCCCCGCCCCAUAGCUGAUUUUGCAGUGCGUGGUGAUCGUCCUGAAGGACGUGUGAGGGUGUGACAAAAUGUCGCGCGCCGUAGCCCAGCUGCCGUUGCAAUACCCUGCCUCAGUUCGAGCGGUGCGUCACUCAGCGCGCGCUCGAGUUACCUCUGAUAGAUGUGAUAACCCGUGGCGUCGUGGUAACUGUGCCGGACGCGUCCUUUUCCGCGAGGUAAAACAGACGCCCACAGGUAAACUGGCGACUCGGCGUGCAAAAGUGACGCCUGGCGAGCACCGUGCGUCGCACGGCGGGCGUGGGGCUAACUCGCAGCGAAAUAUUUUUACAUCGACGAUGUCGUAGGCUGCUCAGGUUAGGUUUAUGAUCUCUAGGAGGCAAUUAAUCCUGCGUGUUGUGAUAACUGUCAUUCCUGUGUUAGAAAUGGCAUUAUGAUAGGAUAUUUUUUUCAUUUCUACCCCCUCUCUAUUCUUUGUCAAACGAGUUUUGAAUCUUCCUUAUCUGCUCAGUGGUCCGAAGUCAUUUCUAGACAUUUAUUUUGGUCACUAUUCUUUUGUUCUGAGUUUGGUGCUAUUAGUGAAGUGUUGAAGUGUACAAAUGACUCAAUAAAGAGUGUCAGUGAAAAUAC